AUGAGUUUCCGCAAGGAGGACGGUGUGAGCAGCCUGUGCCAGAAGGCGCUGCACAUCAUCACCGAGCUGUGCUUCGCGGGCCAGGUGGAGUGGGACAAGUGUUCGGGCAUCUUUCCAGCAGAUAGGAGCAGCCAGGGCGGAGGUGGCACAGAUAUUUCAGUCAGCCUGUUAGCAGUUGUUGUAAGCUUCUGUGGCCUGGCCUUGCUGGUUGUCUCUCUUUUCGUCUUCUGGAAGUUGUGCUGGCCAUGCUGGAAGAGCAAGCUUGUGGCCCCCAAUGUCAGUGUCCUUCCACAGAGCGUCUCAAGUGCUCCGACUGAAGUUUUUGAGACCGAAGAGAAAAAAGAAGUGGAAGAAAAUGAAAAGCCAACACCAAAAGCUAUUGAGCCUGCAAUAAAAAUCAGCCACACAUCCCCCGACAUCCCAGCAGAAGUGCAGACUGCUUUAAAGGAGCACUUAAUUAAACAUGCUCGAGUGCAAAGGCAAACCACCGAGCCUACAUCUUCAUCCCGCCACAAUUCCUUCAGGAGACACCUACCGAGGCAAAUGAACGUCUCCAGCGUUGACUUCAGCAUGGGCACUGAACCUGUCUUACAAAGAGGAGAAACAAGAACCAGCAUCGGAAGGAUAAAACCAGAACUCUACAAGCAGAAAUCGGUUGACUCCGAGGGCAACAGAAAAGACGACAUCAAGACCUGUGGGAAACUUAAUUUUGCGCUCCAGUAUGAUUAUGAAAAUGAACUUCUAGUUGUUAAAAUUAUCAAAGCUUUAGAUCUCCCAGCUAAAGAUUUUACAGGAACUUCUGAUCCUUAUGUGAAGAUCUAUCUUCUUCCAGACAGGAAGAAAAAAUUUCAGACCCGUGUGCACCGGAAGACUUUAAAUCCUCUCUUCGAUGAGCUAUUUCAGUUUCCGGUGGUUUACGAUCAGCUAAGCAACCGCAAACUACACUUUAGUAUAUAUGAUUUUGACAGAUUUUCCAGACACGACAUGAUUGGGGAAGUGAUUCUUGAUAAUUUAUUUGAAGUCUCUGAUCUAUCCAGGGAAGCCACAGUAUGGAAAGAUAUCCACUGUGCUACCACAGAAAGCAUAGACCUGGGCGAAAUCAUGUUCUCCCUUUGCUAUUUGCCAACUGCUGGUCGUAUGACCUUGACAGUGAUCAAGUGCAGAAAUCUGAAAGCAAUGGACAUUACUGGGUCAUCAGAUCCUUAUGUCAAAGUGUCUCUGAUGUGCGAGGGACGGAGACUUAAAAAACGGAAAACAACUACAAAGAAGAAUACUCUCAAUCCCGUGUACAAUGAAGCCAUUAUUUUCGACAUCCCUCCAGAGAAUGUGGACCAGGUCAGCCUGUGCAUUGCGGUCAUGGACUACGACAGGGUGGGACACAAUGAGGUCAUAGGCGUGUGUCGAACUGGACUAGAUGCCGAGGGUCUUGGGAGAGACCACUGGAAUGAAAUGCUGGCCUAUCACCGAAAGCCAAUCACACAUUGGCACCCCUUGCUGGAGUUACCUGGCCGGGCAACCAGCUUUGAUAGUCAAGGAUCCUGUUCUUCUCCAAGGCCACCGUCCACACCAUAAAAGCCUGCAAAUAAGACCAUUUCACAGAAAGACCUAGAAUCAUGUGCUCAUUGAAUCAGAAACACAUACUCGGAGAAUACACUCAGAGAGAAAGAACAUUUGACUUCUUCAUUUAAAAUACACCCAUGAUAACUAAUAAC